AGCGGCUCGCGGCCGGUGACGCCCCCGCCCCACGGCGCCCCCUGGCGGGCACGGGAGGCGCCGCCCGCCCCUCACGCCGCCAUUUGACAUCGGUCGGGGCCGGUCCGGGCUCACCCCCGGCGCGGCCGGAGCUCCGGGCAUGAGAAUGAGCUGCACCAUUGAGAAGGCGCUGGCGGACGCGAAGGCGCUGGUGGAGCGGCUGCGGGAGCACGACAGCGCGGCCGAGGCGCUCAUCGAACAGACCACGGCGCUCAACAAGCGGGUGGAAGCCAUGAAACAGUACCAGGAAGAAAUCCAAGAGCUCAAUGAAGUAGCAAGACAUCGCCCUCGGUCUACUCUAGUAAUGGGUAUCCAGCAGGAAAACAGACAGAUUAGGGAAUUGCAACAGGAAAACAAAGAGCUGCGCACGUCUCUCGAAGAGCACCAGUCUGCUCUGGAACUCAUCAUGAGCAAGUACAGAGAACAGAUGUUCAGGUUGCUUAUGGCAAGCAAGAAGGAUGAUCCAAGUAUAAUAAUGAAGUUAAAAGAGCAACAUUCCAAGGAGCUGCAAGUGCACGUGGACCAAAUCACAGAGAUGGCAGCAGUAAUGAGAAAAGCCAUUGAGGUGGAUGAAAGGCACGGCUGCAAAGAGCAGGAGCGCAUCACCCAGCUCGAGCAAGAAAACAAAGGCUUGAGAGAAAUUCUACAAAUCACUAGAGAAUCGUUUCUGAACCUCAAGAAAGAGGAUGCAUCAGAGAGCACGUCCCUGUCAGGAUUAGUGACAAGCAGUGAUCUGAGCCUGAGGAAAAGCUAAGGACUCUGGGAAUCAGCAAGCUUCAGUUGCACACUCAAACCAAUGGAGCAUCAGGGGGCACUGGUCAAGCACUUGUUACUGAAUAGGGCACCAGCAAGAGAAUGCAUCCAGCUCCAGCUCAGUGGCUUUUACACUGUGUUACAUAAAUUCAGCUGGUAUUCUGCAAUACCCUCAGUGACAGAUUGAUUGCCAUAGAUCUAACCUCAGUAAGAAAUGGAUUAAUGCACUUGCUGAAUUGCAAAUUCUUUUUAUAUGAACUCAUUUUACAGAUAAAAGGUGAGAUUUCAAGUAAUUUAUAUAAAUUAUUGUUCAUACGAACUUCAGUGCAACUCUUAGAUAAUACAGGUAAGAUUUCAAGUCUGAUCUCCGCCUUAGAAAAUAGUUACUUAUGAAUAUGCUUUGCAUGAUCCACAUAGCAUUUUUUACUUUUGUUUUGGCUUUAAUAAAUUCUCAUUUUGCAACAAACCUCUGAUGGGAGGGGCACAUAGGCAGCAUAAAAUUUAAGGAUUUCUGUCAUUUAGCUUUGGGGUAUCGCUUUCAAAUACAAGGCCAAUUUUUAAACAUAAGGAAUGCUGUCCAUGAAUAGUUUGGAGUUUUUAAAUGAAACAAAAUACUUUCAAUUAUGUGCACUGAAUUGUAUUAUGAGAACAUGGAAAGAGCUGUUCCCACUUUGUUGUUCUCAGGAACACAGGUAGCAAUACAACUCUGCCUCAGCUUUUACCUUUGGGAGAGGAAAUCCAUCUCAGUUCUUUGUCAGUAAGAAGCCACACGAGUCCCAUGUCUUUCUUCUCCAGUUGCCUGCCCAAACUUCCUAAGUGAGGAAUGGCAACUCCACAGGACAAAAGCAGUGGCAGCAGAAAGGAGGGGUAGAGGAAGGAGGAAGCAGCUUCAUGGCAGAGUUGGCAGCCUGCAAUUAAUACUCUUUAAUUUUCCUUUCUCCAAAGGAAAAUUUCUUUCUUUAUUCUAUCAGGAAAGUUUUAAAGUGAGUUCAGCAGAGUGAAAGCUGUCAGCUACAGAAAACUGUGGAACUACAGCUGCCACCCACAGUUUAACAUUCUGGCUGCUCAAUAACCCACCAAGCAACAUGAGCUGAGCAAUCCUGAAAUCAACCAUCAUUUAGUCAAGUUUGAUUUUCAGUGACAACAACACAGAAGGAACUAAGCAUCCAACAGUUCCAAGCAUGCCAGCUUCAGUACAGCUUCCUGUGGCCCAGCACAGCUUCCCUGAGCUCUAGGUAAAUGUUCCAGAGGCCUAAAGGGGGACUUUCAGUGGCACUGAACUGACAUAGCAGCAGCUCAGCACAUUUGUUCUGUUCUCUCUGUUGCUGCUCCUUCCCGUAGUGCUUUUAAGAGGAAAUAAGUGUGAAAAGAGCAUUAGCAGGCAGUAAAUGCUUGUUUUCCACGAACACAUGCUGAAAGGACAGGUAAAUCAGGUCUCCACUCUCACAGCCUGCUUUAGACUGGAGAAGCUGCGGCUUCUCUGCAGAGCACCUUGGCUUCUUGCUGGGCUUAGGUGCACACUGAGGACAUUCACACACAUGGAAAAAAGUUAUGGCCAUUUCCAGACUUGUGAAGCAGCCGAGGGGAAAUUCUGGGGAACAUUUUAGCUCAAGCACAGAAUAUUUUUGUCUGCUUUUAUAUUAACUGUAAAGCCUCGCCAGUGCUUCUCUCAUUUAGAUUUUGCAUUUCUGCCAUGGCUUGCAAGCUGCUGACUUACCAGAAGCAACAUCUUUUUUCACUGGAGUGUUCUGUUGUUGCAAACUUACAAGGAAUUUUGGGUUCAGUUGUUCUUGUUUCUAGAAGCAUCUUUUCACCCAUGCACUGAUGUCAAGAAGCAUUUCUAUCCAUUUGAUGCUGAAUUCAGCUUCACGGCUGACUUCUGGUUUGGCUUCCAAAUACAGAAGAGGGUUCUUGGUCUGUGGCAGUACUUUGAGGUUGCUCUAUUAUGAAAUAAUGCUUGAUUAGUGAUUAUUUUUGUAAAUUAAAGAAAAAAUGUGACUUAAUUUAUCUAUUCCUAGUCUUCACAUUUGAUACGUCUCCCCUUUCAUUCCCCUGCCCUGAUCACUUUAGGAUUUUAAAGAGCCUUCACAGUGUGUGGAGUGACUAUUUUUCAUUGCAUACCUGUUAUUUUUGUAAUGCAAAUGGCUUGAAAAGGAUUUAUGGCUAGAAUUGUGUACUGUACAGUAAACUUAUUUUAUCAAUAAAGUUGACUGAAAACA